AUGGCACACGUCCAGAUCAACCCGUCUCUGCUCACCACACUGAAAGACAAGGUUGUCGUCCUCACCGGAGGGGCAACCGGAAUAGGACGAUCCACAGUGCGCCUCUUCCACCAAUACGGCGCAAAGGUAGUUUUCGGAGACGUCGCUGAUUCUCAUGGCCUAUCUUUGGAGAGAGAAUUAGGAGAGAGAGUUGUGUUCACCCACUGCGACACGACGAAGUAUUCCGAUCAACUCAAACUAUUCAAGGAAGCGGAGAAAAGAUGGGGAAGGAUAGACAUCGCAGUAGCAAAUGCCGGGAUUUCUCUCCCCAAAGACCCAUUCUUGCCUGAUGAAGAUGUAGAGACGGAGUUCAGUACUGCUGAGAUAGAUGUGAAUUUGAAGGGCCCUCUCAUCACUGCCAGAAUUGGGUUGGCAUUCUUAAGGAAGAAUGGGGGAGGAGACCUGAUCCUCGUCUCCUCGAUAGCUGGCUGGAAAGAAUGCACUGGGUUAGUCGCGUACACGGCGAGUAAACAUGGGGUGGUAGGUAUUAUGCGGGGUUUGCAUUUAAGUGCGGUGAAGGAGGGAGUUAGGAUUAAUGUUAUUUGUCCUUGGAUGACAAAGACGGGCAUGGUGAAGGGCAUCGAACUUGGCUGGGCCUCAAACAAACUUCCAGAAAACGAGCCUGAGGAUGUGGGGAAGGCGAUUAUUCUGUGUGCUACAGCAAACCGUGGGGAGAGCAAAGAAAGGCAUGAAGGAGCAGUAACUCCGUUCGCAGGCAAGAUUUUGUGGGUGAGUGGUGGAGAGAGUUAUGAGAUUGAGGAUAAUCUGCAGAGGCUGGAGCCGGAGUGGCUCGGGAGAGAAAAUAGCGCGGUGUUGAAGAGGGGCCAGGAGUUUUUGAUGAGUGAGGGGACGAGCUGGGAUGUGGGGAGGAGUAAACCGUGAGAAGGGAAGGGGUGGGGGUGAGAAUGAGGCUGGGACGUUUGGAAAUUGAGAUUGUGGAAUCGAUCGAUUGCAAGGAGGGAGGACAGGCAAGGAAAUGGAUGGAUGAAAUGGGUGGAUGUCUUGUUGUGAAUGCUCACAAAAUUAGAGGCGGAAAGUAAAGUGUAGCUGGAAGCGAGCGGAUCGACUUACUUGCCUCCUUCUAUUAACUUACAUUGUAAUUUAUAGUUUUGCUCGAGCAGUCGAGAAGAUCUGAUUCCAAGCAGCCUCAUCCAGCAUCCGGUACUGCUCCCCAUCAAGCCAGUACAAAUGAUCUGCAUCAUCGCCAUCCUUCAGUUUCCAGUCCCUCGUUUUCAAAACAUCUUUUGCAUGCUUGAACGUGAUCCCAAUGUCGAUCCUAAACACAUGAGUUUCAGAGUCAGAUGAAG